CAUCCUGGGAACCACGUAGGCCAUAAAAGCCCUGAGGCUUCAGCAGCCACCGACAUGUACACCUUCUUGCCAGACAACUUCUCACCCACUAAGCCCAAGCCGUCCAAAGAGUUGAAACCGCUGUUGGGCUCCGUGGUACUGGGGCUACUGCUGGUGCUGGCUGCGGUUGUGGCCUGGUGCUAUUACAGCGUCUCUUUACGCAAGGCAGAACGCCUUCGUGUGGAGCUGCUGGACCUCAACCGUGGUGGCUUCUCAAUCCGCAGCCAGAAGGGCGAGCAGGUCUUCCGCCUGGCCUUCCGCUCAGGAGCGUUAGACCUGGACUCCUGCAACCGCGAUGGCCCCCUACUCGGCUGCUCGCGCACGGCAGAUGGGCGUCCUCUGCACUUCUUCAUCCAGACUGUUCGGCCCAAGGACACUGUCAUGUGCUACCGCGUUCGCUGGGAAGAGGCGACGGCGGGGCGCGCGGUGGAGCAUGCUAUGUUCCUAGGCGACUCGGCGGCGCAUUGGUACGGUGGGGCCGAGAUGAGGACGCAGCACUGGCCCAUCCGCCUGGACGGCCAGCAGGAGCCACAGCCUUUCGUCACUAGCGAUGUCUACUCCUCUGACGCCGCCUUUGGGGGUAUCCUUGAACGCUACUGGCUAUCUUCGCGUGCAGCUGCCAUCAAAGUUAACGACUCAGUGCCCUUCCACCUGGGCUGGAACAGCACGGAACGCUCUCUGCGACUGCAGGCGCGCUACCACGACACACCCUACAAGCCACCAGCUGGCGGCGCCGCAGCGCCCGAGCUCAGCUAUCGCGUGUGUGUCGGCUCAGACGUCACGUCCAUCCACAAGUACAUGGUGCGGCGCUACUUCAACAAGCCAUCGAAGGUGCCAGCACCCGAGGCGUUCAGGGACCCAAUAUGGUCCACUUGGGCGCUGUACGGGCGCGCUGUGGAUCAGGCCAAGGUGCUGCAGUUUGCCCAACAGAUUCGUCAGCACCGCUUCAACAGCAGCCACCUGGAAAUCGACGACAUGUACACACCUGCCUACGGCGACUUUGACUUCGACGAAGCCAAAUUCCCCAACGCCAGUGACAUGUUUCGCCUCUUGAACGACGCUGGCUUCCGUGUUACUCUCUGGGUGCACCCGUUUGUCAACUACAACUCAUCACGCUUCGGUGAGGGCGUGGAAGGCGAGCUGUUCGUUCGUGAGCCCACUGGCCGGCUGCCCGCCUUGGUGCGCUGGUGGAACGGCAUCGGCGCGGUGCUCGACUUCACGCGCCCGGAGGCCCGUGACUGGUUCCAGGGUCAUCUGAGGCGGCUGCGCUCGCGCUACGCAGUGGCCUCUUUCAAGUUCGAUGCUGGUGAGGUCAGCUACCUGCCGCGGGACUUCAGCACAUACAGGCCACUACCUGACCCCAGCGUGUGGAGCCGGCGCUACACUGAGAUGGCACUGCCCUUCUUCUCGCUGGCCGAGGUCCGCGUGGGCUACCAGUCGCAGAACAUCUCCUGUUUCUUCCGCUUGGUGGACCGUGACUCCGUGUGGGGCUAUGAUCUGGGGCUGCGCUCGCUCAUCCCUGCAGUACUCACUGUCAGCAUGCUGGGCUACCCAUUCAUCUUGCCUGACAUGGUGGGUGGCAACGCGGUCCUUGAGCGCACGGUGGGUGACGGAGACGUGCCAGAGCGCGAACUCUACGUGCGCUGGCUGGAAGUAGCAGCCUUCAUGCCUGCCAUGCAGUUCUCUAUCCCACCUUGGCGCUAUGACGCUGAAGUAGUGGCCAUUGCGCACAAGUUUGCCUCAUUGCGGGGCUCUCUCGUGGCGCCACUGUUGCUUGAGCUGGCAGGUGAAGUCACCGACACGGGCGACCCCAUCGUACGCCCCCUCUGGUGGAUUGCGCCUGGAGAUGAGACGGCACACCGCAUCGACUCACAGUUCCUUAUCGGCGACACACUGCUUGUGGCUCCGGUGCUGGAGCCCGGCAAGCAGGAGAGAGAUGUAUACCUACCCGCUGGCAAGUGGCGCAGCUACAAGGGCGAGCUUUUCGACAAGACACCGGUGCUUCUCACCGAUUACCCGGUCGACCUGGAUGAGGUCGCCUACUUCACCUGGGCGUCCUGA